AUGAAACUGGAUUGGCUCACCCAAAAGGUCUACUUUACCACAGGACGCGCUGGAAAAGUCAUGUCAGUUGACUCACAAGGAGAACAUCUCAGUACGAUCGCCUCCGGUGAUUGGACCUACGCAUUGGCACUGGAUCCUUGCAGUGGUUUGAUCUUCUGGAGUGACAGUGGCUACAAGGCAUCGGGAGGUCUCUAUGAGCCUCGCAUUGAGCGUUCCAACAUGGCUGGAGGAAAUCGUAAGGUUAUCGUCAGAGAGAGUGUCUCACUUCCGGCGGCUAUUGCGGUAGACUUCAGGAAUCUGAGAAUCUACUGGGCCGAUGUGAUUGGAGCAGGUUAUCGCGCUAAAUCGCUGGACAUUUGGGAUGAAUGGUUGUAUUUGAGCGAUCCAUUGAGCAACGGUGUAUUCCGACUGAACAAGGAUUCCGGUGGCGUUAUAGAACCGGUUGUCAGCGAUCGCAGGGUACCAGGAACGUUGAGGGUUUUCGCCUCUGAGAACGAUGUCCGAACCAGGAACCAAAUUUGCAAUGCCAUAACUGCUUCUCUCUGUAAGACUGACAAUGGAGGUUGUGACCAGAUUUGCAAUGUGAUCGCUGACGAGAUCGGUCUUGCUGCCAGUAAGGUGCAGUGCUCCUGCAACGACACCUAUGAACUGGUACAAGAACCCGGAAAGGACACACCCACCCAGUGUGUUUUGCGAACGGGAAUGGACUCAUCUGGAGUGGUGAAAGAAUGCCUCCCACCUUACAACUUCCAAUGCGGUGAUGGAGCUUGUGUUGCUCUGGGUGUCACGUGUAACGGCAAGGCAGACUGCGCAGAUGCGUCCGAUGAGAAUCCGAACUACUGCAACACCAGAUCGUGUCCAGAGAACUACUUCCUGUGCACCAACCGGCGUUGCAUUGACGAGGCGAAACGGUGCGUUUUCUCGUCUAAAUCCUCCAUUCAUUCCAUUUCCAGUUUCAAUUGA